AUGGACUCGGACGAAUCGGACUUUUACGGAGACGAGGAGACGGUAGCUGGACUCGAAACUCGGGUCACGUCCUUCAAUGUGGCUCAAUGGUGGAAGGAGCUCAAUGCUGUCCACAUCAACCGAAGGGUGAAAAAGGAGCCUCUUGACAGCACUAAGCUCCACAACCCAUACGCAGGCGUUCCGUACGCGUGGCAGUUGACAGAAACAGUCGACGAUUUUCUUGCUCGUCUCCCUCCCGGGACAACCGAGCACGACGAUCGUCUCCCUUGGAUCUUCAUCUGUAAUCCGUACAUCGAUCGCAAAGUCAAAUCUGAAGCCCAAAAUCAGCGCAGUAGGGGUAAUGAGGAUGAGGCUCCCGAGGAGGAGGGCUCCCGGCUCGAUACGUUAAUCGAAGGAGGCAUCGAGAGGCUGAACAUCUUGCUGAAAUUCAAGCAAGGCAUUAGCACCACCAAGAAAUCCAUGGCGGCCAAGAUGAUAGAGAUAGGUCUAGAAAAGAAGGAGGCCAUUCAGGACAUCUUGGGUCUUGCACAUGCGUCCCAAGGACGUUGACGAAGUCUGGCGCGUUGUCGCGAGGGCUACGGCUAACAACGAGCUGGGAAUCGCCGCAAAGGUGGCGCCGUGGAACUCGUAUAACGACCCCACCGGACGCAAAGACCGGCUUGUGUGCGUCUACACGGCCGACUUUAGUGACAAGGCAGAUGUCACUCGGGUUCUACAGAAGCUUCGGGAGCUGAAAUUGAUCGAGGCUAUGGGACGUCCCAUCUAUUACAAGCCAGAUGCGUUCACAUACCUGGGUAUCGCCUACGGCAAUCAUUGGGAUGUCAAAGCCUCCAUCUACAGCUCCACUGAUCUUUUAUGA